GCUUGCUUGUACUUCACAGCCCAUCGACAAUCGCCCGCAAUGGAUCGAGGAAGUAUGAGAGUAUGUCAUGAAUGCAUGUCGCUGCUGCGGCAGCCCAAGCGAGCAUCACGCCUCCCAUUCGCGACCUCAGCAGGCCAUCGCUGGAGCGGACGAAGCUUCGUGAUCGCGGCGCAGUCCCGAUCGCCGCGCGACAAGACUGCUGCCAGACCAGCGAGCCCUCAAAUCACACGAAAUGCGUCUCAAAAGGGAGCUCGCAGUAGCAAAGCCAGCCCUCCUACUCAGCUCAGCACCGUCCACCAGCGCAUCUUCGAACUCACCUCCUCCGUCCUCAAACCCGAAGACCACAAGCUCCCUUCGGAGCAGCGUCUCCUCUACGUUCUCGAACAGCUCGACACCCUCGCGAAAGGCCUCCUCGACACCAAGUCUUCAGGCCCAGCAAGCUCCGCGCAGAAUGGAAAAGACGGCACGACAGCUACAUUCGCCCUCCUCGGCUCAGUCAAUGCCCGCCAACACCCAGGACACCUCAACAAAGCCUCGCUACUGAGCCUCAUCAGCGAAAAAGCAGAGGAGCUGCUCCGAAACCCCACAACCUUCAUCACCCCCGCCAUCCUCAAAAGCUACGUAGGCCUGCAAACCAACCUCCACCAACCCUCCAGCCUCCCCGACAUCUUCGCGCUCUACGCCUCCAAACCCGCUCCCAAACUAUCCUCCGAUGGCGGCGUCGCCUUCACAGAAGUCUCCCCCGACAAAGUCAACGCAGCCAUCGACGCCAAAACGGCCAACAUCGCCCUCUCCUCCGCAAUCGACGCCCACAACCUCCCGCUAUGCAUCGACAUCAUCGACACGAGCUUCGGCACGCUCGCCUUCCGCAAAUCCAAAGGGCUGCGCCAGGCCUUGUUCCCCUUUGCCGGCCUGCUCCUCGCCCCCGGCGCGGCGUACGCGCUGUCCACGGCUUUUGGCAAUUUUCAGAAUUCCAUGGAUCCCGGGCUUGCGACGGGCGUGGCUUUCGCGGGCAUCAUGACGUACGUCUUCACCGUCACGGGGCUCGGGUAUGUGGUGAUUACGACUGCGAACGAUCAGAUGGAUCGCGUGACGUGGGCGCGAGGCGUGCCAUUGUGGGAACGAUGGGUGCGGGAGGAGGAGCGGGCGGCGCUGGAUCGGGUGGCGGGUGCUUGGGGGUUCAAGGAUGCGAGGUGGAGGGGGACGGAAGAGGGUGCGGAGUGGGUAGAGUUGAGGGAGGUGAUUGGGCGGAAAGGGAUGGCGCUUGAUAAGGUGGAGUUGAUGGAAGGCAUGGAGUGAAAUGGGAAAUCUCAGUAGUAAUCGUUCUUGCGGUCGAUUAAAAACUGCGCCUCCACUUCCUCACUGUCAACGAAGAUUUGCGUGAGCUAUUCGAAC